AUGCCCUUGGCUACUGCAAGUUCACUUUCAAUUGAGUUGCAAGCAGCGCAGAGGGGCACUGCUCCGGAAGAAGGAGCGUCAGAAUUGGCAGAGGUGGAUGUAGGGACGCACUUGUUACGCUUCUCUCCCAAUCAAUCUGCCAACGUCGUGCAGCGGCAGCUCGCUUCGGGAUACGGGCCUGGACUGUUGGCAUAUCCAAAACAUGUUAAGAUGGGGCAUAAGCUGGCUGUGAGGGAAACGCUUCCUCCCAAGGCAGCGCAAAGGGGCACCGCUCCGGAGGGAGAAGACAAAGAAGAUUGGGCGGACGUGAAGACAAAAUACGGGCUGAUACGCUUCACAGCCAAUCUUCCUGCCAACGAUGUGCAGCAGAAGCUCAAGAACGGUUAUGGACCUGGAGUGCUGAUAAGGGCCUCAGAUAGCCUCGCCGAAAAUGACACUCUGGUUGCAGGAUCGUAUGAGUAUAUUCAAGCGGAAAGUAUGGACCAGAGAGACCUGGAUGAAUUGGAUCUGACAGAGUUGCAGAUCAAGAUCCUCACAGACUUGGAGACACUCAAGUGUCGGGUCGAAAAGAUGAUGAUCCUAAAGGCGAAGAUCCGAUCGAAGGCGCCGCUCCUGGUUUCUUUUUUGAAGGAGGGUUCAAUAUUAAUGGCGGAUUAA